GUCAGCACAGGCUGAUGACGUAGCGACAUCCGCGUCGUCUGGAAAACAUGGCGGAAGUGGAGGACGUAAAUAAACCCCUGUUUGCAGGGUUGUCUGAUGUGUCGAUUGCAGAGGACAUUCCAGUAGAAGGAGACAUCGCUGUGCCACUGAGCUCUCGGAAUGCAGACGAUGAGAUUUCCACACUGGACGAGCCUGUAAAGGACACUAUCUUGAGGGAUUUGAAAGCAGUUGGUCAGAAGUUUGUUCACGUACUUUAUCCAAAGAAAAGCUCUGCUCUGCUUCGUGACUGGGAUUUAUGGGGGCCUUUACUGCUGUGUGUUACCCUGGCACUGAUGCUGCAGGGUGGAUCAGCUGACAGUAAAGAUGACGGAGGGCCGCAGUUCGCUGAAGUGUUCGUCAUUGUCUGGUUCGGCUCCAUCAUCAUCACCCUCAACUCCAAACUGCUGGGAGGAACCAUAUCAUUCUUCCAGAGUCUGUGUGUGUUGGGUUAUUGUAUCCUACCUCUGACGGUGGCUAUGCUGGUUUGUCGGCUUGUACUCCUCGGCUCGUCAGGAUUGGUCAGUUUCAUCAUUCGGCUGGUUGUGGUCUCCGCCUCCUUCGGCUGGUCGACAUUCGCCUCUACAGCCUUCCUCGCAGACAGCCAGCCGCCCAAUAGAAAAGCUCUAGUGGUCUACCCUGUGUUUCUCUUCUACUUUGUGAUUGGCUGGAUGAUCCUGACGUUCUCUCCAUCUCAGUAACUGUUGGCCAAUCAGCAAACAGGACACAAACCGAAGCUCCAGCAGGCCGGAUCGGUGUCAGGCCAUGAUUGGAUGGGACAGAGGGAAGAUUUGGUCUUUUUUUCUUGGAGGUCCAAAGGGAAUGGACGAUCCACCUGCUUUCAUGAAUUCCACCAGGCUUUCUUAUACUUUGCCCUCAUCCCUCUUUCUACUGGGUGGUUGGAUGGACAGAUGGAGGGAGAAGAAGAAGACACUGAGCAGAACUGGUGUUUGAUUUUCUGCUUCUCAGCCCACAUCUUUCUACUUUCAUACUAAUCAUUAAAACUAAAUGAUCAUAGAAUGUGUGUGUGUGUGUGUGUGUGUGUGUGUGUGUGUGUGUGUGUGUGUGUGUGUGUCUGCCUGUUGAGGACCCUUUUGCAUGUCGGCAUAGUUCAUACAUGGCUGUAGUGCCACUUACAUUAUAGUGGUCACACAGUGUACAGCAACACAGGUCUGUGUGUGUGUGUGUGUGUGUGUGUGUGGGUGGGCGUGUGUGUCUACGUACAGUUUGGUGUCAAUGUCUGUGAGCAAAGAAUGUAUAAAGCUGCUUAUCUGAGCAGUAAGAGUUUAUUUGUUAACAUUAGAAUAAAGACAAACAAUUUAACAGUC